AUGGCAUCGCCAGCCAUUGCACUUUCUAACGGCGUCGCUGCAUCCUUGCAGCUCAACAACAACAACGCCAAUUCCAAUCCGAGUCCUGAUGACAUUGCCAAUGUCAAUGCGAAUAAUAAUAGUACUGAUGCAGCAUCUAACGCCAACCUAGACGACGAUGUUAAUGCUGCGCCAAACAACUCCUCCAUCAAUAAUACCACUGCUAUCAAGCGCAAACGCGAACCCUCCGAUGUUGGCGACAAGCCACCAAAUGGCAUCGACAAUAGUCGCAUUACUCCCACCAUUAUUACCGCUGCUUCUAUAAGCAACGCAGCCUCUGCUUCGUCCCCUUCUACCUCCGGCGCGAACAAGGAUGAUCUGCCAACCAUUCGGAAUUACUAUGAGGUUCUUCAAAGGUUAGAUCCGAUACCUUCAGUCCUCAAACGUCCCCUUCCCGACCCUGAAGAUUCCCCAGAUGCCCCCCAAGCAAAACGGAAAAAGUCAGACGAUGGAUCAUCACUCCCUUCCAUCGCCGACAAAGUGGCAACAGAACAGUAUGAAGACCUCGUCAGCAUCAUCGUCGACAUCAAAUCCUCCAUUUCGCACCAGUUAGCAGAGCUACGAGAUAUUAAGCCCGAACAGGAUACGAAGGCGAACGACGAGGCUUGUGCCAAGCUUAUCGACUUCAAGCGGCAAGCCUUCAAUCUAUUCAAACGCGAGAUGUCAUAUCCUAGCAAUCCCCGUGUCUCCGAGGCGCUCCAGGGCCUCGAGCAGAUCAACGAUUUGCAAUCGAAUGCUAGUGGGAAUGUUGUGCUGACUGUAAAUGGCGAGGCUAUGAGAGGAAAACAGUAUUACUCGAGCCUGCAGCAAGCUGUCAUUAAGCCUGACGGCACAGAAGCUGUUAUUCAACCCCUAAAGGAGAGCGGCUUGCCUAGCGGCGUUAAGGUUGCUAAAGCCAUUCCAUAUUUCUUCCCUUCUGCUGUCGAUAAAGACAAGAAGUCUAAGACACUGGGCGAGCUUUUCCCACCUCCACGCAACCUUCCUUCACUCCAACCGCCUAAGGCGCCGAAGAGUACUACCAAGGGUGUUCAAGUGGGAUGGCAUCGCCCUGAGUUGACCGAGAAGUCCAAGUACAGAGCUGGGUCAUACUUCAGCCAGAAUAUCUCAGCCGGACGCUGGCUUGAUUAUAGUAAUGCCGCACCCCCGUCGCAGAUCAUGACCAAACAACGCGAGCGGGCCUUGAGUCUUGCAGGGAAUAAACCCUCAUCGUCCGACCUCGAAAUGUCAGAAAUGGAAGCCCUUUUUCGUGGUGCAUUCUCCAGUUUCGCCCCUUCCAAGGAUGAUACCGCUGCCAUGAUUUCUUCAGGAUUAAUUAGCCAUACCAUGUGGUGGCAAAAGGUUGGAAAACGCAACUUUGAUCGUUUAAUCGAAGCUGAAUUACCAGAAGACUUGCUCGAGGAAGUUGACAAGGGCGAGGAGGCAGUUGUUGAGGAGGUGGAUGAAGAUAUCAUCCAAGAGACGUUGGAUAAAUGGGAUGAGACCAUGAUAGAUCCCAGUUUAGAGGAGGCCUGCUGCCCGAAAAAACCGGAAGAUCAGAAGGAUGUCGACGAUCUUCUUCAAGACGUGUCUGACAUGAUCCAGACAUUAGUCUCAUAUCAGAAGAAUCGUAACUUGACCCUACCGUCCGCAUCCAGUCAGAGUCGAUAUGCGGCGGAUCCGGCUCACAGUGACAUGCUCACCAAUGGGACUCCGGUACAGCCUGGUGAAGAGGAGAUGGCGACCUACCAGGCUCUCAAGGCGCAACUAUGCCUUGUUAUCCAAAUGCUGCCACCUUAUGCCGUCGCUCGUCUUAACUCGGACAAAUUGGAUGAACUCAACAUAUCUACGAAGAUUGAAGUUCGUACAGAUGAAUAUCAAGGCUCAAUGGAGGAAGAAGAGGCAGCUAUUCGUGCUAGAGCCGCCCAAGCUCCCCCGACUAAUGCUCGACCACCGACACAUCGCGCAUCAAGUUCAUCAAACGCUUUACAGUAUGGUCAGCCUUACCACACGAGUCGCGGCCCUAUGCCGAAUCCACAAUUCUAUCCGCAAACACCAAUCCGACCACCACCGCCUACAAUGGCGAGGCCCCCUCAGACGAUGCCAGCUAACUAUCCCCCACGGCCUCCUUCCAAUACGGGCUACCGACCUCCUCCUCAUUACCCGAACGCCGGAUAUUCCCAGCAAUUUACUCCCAAAGCUCAACAGUACUCACAGCCUGGGCCUUACGGGACACCUGCACAACCCCGUCCGCCGUACCAGCCCAUGCCGGGCUACCCUAACAUGGCGACCUCAACACCGCCAGCUCACUUCCCGCCGUCUUAUCCACCAAACACUCAACCGCCGCCCCAGUCUAAGUAUCAUCACCCUCAAUACCCACCUCAACAUGCACCCCCGCCACACGGUACUCCCUCACACGCGCCGUAUCCCCAAUACGCCAAUGGCACCGGGGCCAUACCACAAAGGACAGCAUCCCCCCAUGUUUCCCACCAACAGCCCCAACAUCAGCACCCACACCCACACCCACAUCAGCCCAUCCCGCAUCACUUGGGUUACAAUCCGGCCGCGACUCCGACCAGACAACCGUCUUACGGAAAUCAACCGAACAUGGGUAACGACCCGAGACGCUAUUAUGCGAACACCGGUUCGCCUGCAGUGCCCAAUAAUCAGCUGGUCCAGCACGGCCAACCUAAUCCGAACCCCCAAACUCCUAGCUCAUCAUCAUUCCAAACAUCUCUCAAUCCUCAUCAGGUCCAGCAAGCAAUGGACCAAGCCAAGGCGCGUUUUGAUGCGACCAAGAGUGCUCAAAGGACAACGGAGGGCAUUAGGAAUUCGAUGUCGGGCCAAGGGCAGGGACAAGUGGGCGCUCCGGUUGGCCUAGGCGGUAUUGGGUUAGGAGGUGAUCCAUCGAGGCUAGUAGCUUCCCGUGCGGGCGUGCCUAACUACCAAGGGCCUGGUCAGACCCCAAAGGCUCAGAUGAACUCGCCGGCUGUCACGGGCGCACAGCCGUCAAUGAAUGGAACCCCCGCCAUGUCGCCUCCAGGACCAGCAGCAAAUGGUGGCCAGCCCUCUUAUGGUAGAGAGUCUUAG